GAUACCAAACCAACUCGAAUAUCCAAAAACAUCAUGGCCGAAGAACAAGAUCCAGUCCUCGUCGGCUUCAGCCAUCUGAUGAACAAAUACGAACCAGUGUUCUUUGGGCAAUGGAGGGAUGAGGAAAACCCUCCCGAAGAAGGGGCUUCCUCAGGCCUCUCGGACGACGAAAAACAUAAAACACUUCAAGAUCUCUUGGAUUCGAUGAAGCAUCGUCUUCUUCCCCAGCUCAACGACCAACUCACCACGCUCUCAGAUUUACUCUUCCCAUCCGCCUUCUGGAAACAACCAGAGAUGACGCGCAAACUGGUCUUGGAAACUCAGCCAGAGCUCGAGAAGACGAUCGAUCAGAUCCAGUCUACCAUCGCUACCCUCUGUCCCCUACCCACCCUCUCCACUUCAACCCGAACAGAUGACCAGGAUCUCAAAGGGUUGAAAUACUACAGGCUCCAACGACUCAAGUCCAAAUUCAAUGAAGAACUCUUGUACCAUCUCAACCAACUCUUUACGCGUGCCCAUUUCGUCUUCCAACAAAUCCGCCUGGUGCCGGAUGAAGUCAGACCCGAACAGUUUGACGGAUGGCCAUGUCGAGAAGAAUUUGCCAAGCACGUCCGUCUAGGCUCUGUUACGAUCGCCUCAAUCGUCUUCAUGAUCGACUGUUCUGAGCUCGAUCUUGUCCAACAACAAUGGGCACCAGAGCUCCAGAAUAUCGAAGAGACGAUGAAAGAGAUGGGCGGGUUGAUUGCCCGCUCGUCCUCCGGUCGACCGAGCCCAUUACCGGUCGAAUUCGAAAAGUUGGGAUCCUUCAGCACGCGUCUGCCGGCCAACAUACCUCCGAAAACAAUGGUGAUCCGGCUAGCCCAACUGACGCUUCCGCUGGUCAAGAUCAGCCGGCUGCUGUUUGCCAAAGUCUCGCGACCAGAUGAGGAUACAGAUCCAGACGGAGGAGGGGAGCGGCUGAAUCGAGUAGGACUGCCGUUGUACACCUCGAUGGACUCGGCCCAGAUCGAGGCCUUGGCCGACGCCGCUAAUCGCGUCCAUCAAGACCUCGCCGACCUCCUGGUGAUCCUCCAAAAAGCCGCCAAUCGGGCUACCGGUCUCGGCGCCGGUGAGACUCGUCGCGAGUUCUCCAAACUCGCCGUCUCCCUCAACUCCCAUCUCAACUCCCCCUUAUCCCUCCUGCGUAAAUACUAUCUCCCCUUGAUCGCCCAGAUCGAAGGGGUCGACGCGCAUGCUUAUUAUACUACUUGGUUCAAGAAUUGGAAGAGCCUCUUCCAGAGAAUCCUUUUCAAAUAUCAACGCGUUGCUUCAGCUCCACACCCGUUUCUUUAGCUCUUCCGUUCCUUCUUCUUCUUCUUUCUUGUUGUAAGAUUUGUUGUUGUGAAACAUAUAGAUAUGUAUAUAUGAACGGUCA